ACAGUCGUGUUUCACACGGCACCAUAAUUUAUUAAAAGUUUAGAAAUUAUGUUAAAGUAAAAGUGCGCUUAGGUAUAAUGUGAGUAUAGCAAAAAUAGAAAAAUGAGAAAAUCGGCGCCUAUCCGGCAACUUUCACUUCACGUCGAAACUCCUCAGUCUCGAAGGACACUGAAAAAACAACUAUCGGAGGACAUUCCGGAUUUUAAGGAGAAGCUGAUCGUCGAUUUGGAUCCGUACGUUGCGGUAUGUACAAAAAAUUUAUUAAAAACUCGCAAUAGCGCUCUUCACACAAAGCAAGCGUGGGUCGAAGAGGGUGCUCAGCAGGUAUUGCAACAGUCAAUUCGCAAUAAUGAAGAAGGCUUAGUUGCAAAGAAGUGCAAAGAAAUGAAAAGGCCACUAACGUCUAAAAUCAUCAAGCAAUCGUCCAUAAAUAAAGACUCCAUUUUACUAUCUCACCAGGAGUUAGCCGAACGUCUUAGACAAGCAUGGAAGGAGCGUGAAAAGGAAAAACAAAACUUGAACAUUUUUUUAACGCACAACAUUAAGGAAAGGCAAGAAGAUGAAGUUACUAACGACUUGACGGAUUCAGAAUGUGCCAUUUCUGUCGACCACAGCACAGCAGAUGGCACAAAGAAGCAAAAGACCGCAUUACAACGCCAUAUCUCAACCAACGAAAACUCUAAGAGCAUCUUUCAGAAGCGUAUGCGGCGAACGCACAGCGUAGACGACGCUCAGCUCGACUUUAUCUAUUCUCCUGUAAAAAAUGAAGACAUCAAAAACAGGAAUGUGGUAGUUGUCCCGUUAAUUGAGUCUAUGAAACUUCAAGAAUCAAAUAGUCCAAAGCCGGAGGUCCCAAAGCCAAAAUUAACCAGAAGUUCUUCCUGCGAACCAAACGCUCCUUCGGACGAACGCAAGCCGAUAAACGUCAUCAUACGACCCAUGACAGCAACAACGAAACGUGACGCCUAUCGCAGUCGCGUCAAUUCCGCUUUCAACACCAGCAACUCCACUCCCUUCACCAAAGAAAAUCCCAGACCACCACAAAUCCGCGCAUCUCCUGCUCUCUUAAAGCCAUCCCCCAAGCUGAAUUUUGUCCCGGUAAAAAGGCGAUUAAAAUCGGCAUCGAAGAAGAAAAGCGGAAAGCUAGCGAAAAGCGAAUCGAUCGAUGAGCGAGACGAAGAAAAGUAUAACAGCAGAAAAUUGCAAAGGUGCGUGACGACGACGGGACCCGACGUCGUCACCAUGGUUUCAUUGCUCAGUCCCGAGGAGAGCGAGACGGAAGAACAGCCCGAGUCUGAGAAGGUGAAACCGAAACCAACCCCGCCUGCUGUUUCUAGAGGUCCGUCGCUAGAGAAAAAUGAAAAAGAUGAUUCUAAUAAAAGUUUCCAUUUAAGGAAAACUGUAUCUUUUCAACAGUCGAGUAUAUACGCCGUUCGAAGCUUUUCAGCAAGUUUUCCCGCACGACGUGGAUCCGUCGUUACCGCCCUAAUGUUGAACAGUUCCAAUUCCGAUAAGUGUGCAAACCUAGAGAAGCGAACAACACAAGAAACCGGCACGGAUGAUGGCCGAGAACCGAAACGUCGAUUGCUCAGGACCAAAAGUAACUCUUUGUACAGCUCUACAGAACUGGAAGAGUCCACCGAGUUGCAAUGUGAAAAUAAAAACCCUAGCAGUACAACCCAAAAUGGAUCUCUAAAUGGAUCAAACGAUGUAAAGUUGGAAGUGAACGAGAGUCCUCCGUCCAGCAAUGAACCAGCAUUUGAGACGCCCAAAGAGAAACAAUGUUGGGAAAUGUACCGGAAAAUGAGCGGAAAAGGGGUUCGCAUUUCGUUCGAGACUAUACUUAGAGGAAUGUUAACGCCUACAGAGUAUAGAUUGAGAAGAAAAUCGAACGCUGCAUUAGAGAACGUUGAAGAUAAUACUGCCGAUAGUGUUUCAUAAAGAUAUUGGUUUUGAAUGUUUACAAAGUAUAUAAUUACUGACGAUCGAUUGUAGCUGUAAUUGCUUGUGUAGAUCUACCGUUAGGUACGUGUAGGUACCUACACAUAACGGAGAUUUUAACUUCGCACAAAUAUUUAUAUUGGGUAAUUAAGGAAAAUGCAUCCAUUCAUGUGCUGAAUUCCAUGUUCCUUUUAGUCAUUAAGUUACAUUUAGU